UGUGCGUAUGUGUUCAGUCUCACUUGCUACUAGAAUGACAGUGAGGAAUACAGUUGCAUUUGAGAGAUGACAUGCGAGUCUGUCCUCGAAAAGGUUGAGAAUUCCUGUAUCGUUCUACUUGUUUUUAAAGCCCUGUUCAAGGUUGGUGACUCGUACAAGCUCCCUUUUCUGUCGCUUGUUCGCUCUAAUUUUGGAAAUGGUGCAUCUCUCUCUCUCUCUCGCUCUCUCUCUCUCUUUCUUUCAGAGUCUCUCUCUCUCUCUCUCACUCUCGCUCUCUGUACGGUUGAGCUGGCAUCGUUCCUGUUUGUUUUCAGCCAUUUUGGGCUGCCAGACUCUGAAACAAACUGUUAAAUGGCUGCCUCUUUUUCUCGGUGCUUGUGAGUCCCAGCGCUCCCGCAACUCUUCUUCUGCUGAGCAGAGAAGACGCUCCAGUGUGCGUGCGUGCUUUACGAGCGAAGAGCAGCUUAAGUGAAGCAAGCAGUCAGUCAGUCAGUCUGCCAGCUAGUUUGCGCUGCGCUCUGCUGGGAUUAAAAAAAAACAAAAAAAAAAAAAACGGAACUACCUGAGAUGUUGCCGCUGCAAAUGAAAGAGCAAGAGUCUGGUUUUUGAACAUUAAUCAGUAGAUCUGCUGCUCCUCAAAAACUGAAGUGACGUAGCACCCAUUUCUGUUCCAGAAGGGCCCUUGUGUUUUCCCAAAACUAGUAUUCAAUGGAUACUGGGGAAACAGCAUGGUGUCCACAGCAGAGACAACCGACACGGGUCAUCCCGAUGCUCUCAUCUCACACUUGAAUGAUCAGCGUCUAAAGGGUCUUUUUUGUGACAUCACCAUCAUUGCAGGGGACACCAAAUUCAAGGUCCAUCAAAACAUCUUGUGUGCCAGCAGCUUGUACUUCAAAGACCUGCUCAGCACUUCCACCAGGCGUCCCACUCACCUGUCAGAAAAUAUCUUGGAGCUGCCAGAAGUGAAGGCUGACAUUUUUGCAGACAUCCUCGAUUACAUUUACACUUCUAGGGUGUCUCUCAGAGGCCCUAAAAGAACCAAGGAUCUGAUCAAAGCAGGGAAGAAGUUAAGAAUUCCAUUUUUGGAAAAGCUGGAAGAGGAGCCUGGCUUUAGAAGUGGCAAAAAGAAAAAAUACGACUUACCCAGCUCACCGAGCUCACCUUGCCUUCCCUGUGCCCUGUUUCCUGGAAAUAAAGACGAGAAUAUGUCAUUGAACUCUUCACAUGUCAGACCUGAUGAUGCCAAUGACAUGCAGUGGAAAGCGACAACUGCAGAAGAAAACUUCAGGGCCUUGAUACAACCACUGUCUCCUAUAGACCUAACAGCUUCAGCUAGGAAAGAUUCUGAACUUCAGCCAUCUUCCUCGCCCAGUUCUCCUUUGCAGAGUACACCUAAUGAACUUCCUACUCACAGCUCUUUACAACCUUUGACUUCUUCCACCCCUUCUGUAUUGGUUUCAGAUCCCAUGGAUACUGAGUGUGCUUCAGUAAGAGACAGUCCUAUUUUUAAGGCUAAAAUACCAAACUUAAUGACUGUUGAACCUGACCAUUCCACCACAGAAACAGCUAAGAUUCUGUUCAAUUUGAGCACAGGAGUAUUCCAAGGAAACAAAGUGAGCAAAGAAACCAGUAACCAAAGUGGAACUGGUAGCGUCCCUUCCAAGGAGAGAUCCAAGGUCCCGUGUCCAGACAAUAAUGGCACAGAGUUCACUAUAAGCCCUUCACAACCAAGUUCAGAUCCUGUUCCUGUUGAGAGACUUUAUUGUGGACUUUGCAACCGUUCAUUCAGCUCAGCAUCUUCUUUAAGUCUGCAUAUGAAGCUCCACCGAUCUGGGAGGGCACUGUCCUGCAAAAUCUGCAGUAAGGCUUUUAUUCAUAGCAAAAGGCUACAGUCACAUGAAGCUUUGUGUGGAAGAACGCAACACAGUUCAAACAUAGUAACUAUGGCCAAAGAUGAAGAAUCCCAAAAUACAGGUGAAAAAAAAGAUGGAGAAGAUGGAGAUCAAAGCAUCAAGGAGCCCAGGGAAGAUGAGGAGGAAGAGGAGGAGGAGGAAGAAGAAGAGGAGGGGGUGGUGGCUGAGGAGGAUGUGGAGAUGGAAGAUAAAGAGUUAAAAACCCCAAAACCCCUAUUGUUACCUGGAAAGACUUCCAAUAAGAAAGGUCGCAGUUUUUUAGUAAGACAUCGAAACUUCCAAAGGAUGGACAUGCUUCCUGAGGAGGAUCACUUUGUGAAAGUGGUUGAUGGGCACAUUAUUUACUUCUGUACAGUCUGUGAGCGGUCCUACAUGACACUUUCUAGCCUUAAGCGUCAUUCCAAUGUCCACUCCUGGCGUAGAAAAUAUCCUUGCCGCUACUGUGAUAAAGUCUUUGCUCUUGCUGAGUAUCGCACCAAACAUGAGGUCUGGCACACUGGUGAGAGACGCUACCAGUGUAUCUUCUGCUGGGAGACUUUUGUGACUUACUAUAAUUUGAAGACACACCAAAAGUCCUUCCAUGGCAUUAAUCCAGGACUCAUCACAAGUGAGAAGACACCCAAUGGUGGCUACAAGCAGAAACUCAAUGCCCUUAAACUUUACCGGUUACUACCUAUGAGAUCACAGAAAAGACCUUACAAAACCUACAGCCAAGUUCUUUCUGACAGUAUUCUCAUGCCAUCUCAGAAUAUAUCUUCCAUCUCCUUGACAGCCUCUUUAGAUAAUGAACUUCCAGUAACCCCAAUGACUGAGGACCAACAAUUGUAUGCGGUAAUGAAGAACAACCCAAGCUUAAAGCAAUCGUCUAGUGACUAUAUCCUCUUGAAUUCUAAAGAGCAUAUGUCCCUUGAGGUACAGGACAUAACCAAUCCCAGUUCCACACAUAGUCAAUGUGAUUCCAUUCAGUCAAAUAGUGAUAUGCAUGGUAAUGACCAAGUAUCAAGUAAAAAUUUACCAGGAAAAGAGGAGUCAGGAUCAACUGUCAUUGCAUAUGGACAUCCCAAACCGUCUGUUAUAAUGCACAGUACUGCAGUAUCUUCUGUUAUAAUGCACAGUAACCAAGUGGGGAAGGCCUCCCUAAAUACUAGCAGUAACUCAAACACUAAUCAUUCUCCCCAAGUGUCAGGUGAUCCACUAUCCAAAAAAGUAGCCCGUCCCAUCAAGAAACAAGUUCUUAAACAAUAUAUCCAAUCACAGAGUAGAUCUUCAGUUGAGAGAUUGGAAGAAGAUCAAGGAAUGGACCUUGGUAAUGAGAAGCCUAUGCAGAGGCAACUUAAGGCUGCUGCUGAUGGCAACAGUGUAACCUAUGUGGCCAAGCCAGCUUGCGUAGGGGCGUCAGAAACCAAAGGAGGAGCUCCAUUGUGUCAGAUAACUGUUCGCAUUGGAGAGGAAGCAAUUGUGAAGAGAAGUAUUUCAGAAACAGAUCUGAUGCGUGAUAAAGGACCUCCUGUCAGCAAAAGUAAAAAGAUAGAAACUGUCCCAGAAGAUGAGAACCAGCACCAUCAUCACCAUCAUCACCACCGUUUUCGCAGUACAGAAUCUGAUGGAGAAAAGGAGAAACCUAAAGUUAGUAAACCAAAAGAAUACUACUUGCGUCUUGAAGCGCGAGAGGAAGACAGUGACCAGGAUGCCGAGGACAACCUGUGGCGACCUUAUUACACUUACAAGCCUAAAAGAAAGACCUUGCAUCUGCAAAAAGUCAAAAAAUCCAGUUGGAGAAGGAAACUACGAUUUAAGCGUUCUUUGAGACUUAUGAGGCGAGCAGAGCGUCUUAUGGACCAAAAUUUACAGAAGAGCAGCACUGAUCACUCAACCACAUUAUCUCAAUCAAUCAAUGAACCUGGAGACCCUGAGGAGCAAGAUGACACUGUCACAUGCUCUGUCUGUGAUGAAGAUUUUCCUGACUACUCUUCGCUAAGGAAACAUGAAAGGCACCACCAGUCAGGUAAAUCUUUCAAAUGUAUUACCUGUGGCAGACAAUUCUCUACAUUGAAGAAAUUGGACAAGCAUGAGCUAAGCCAUCUGAUAGAGUUUGUCUGCAUGCAGUGCCAGGAGUCCUUCCAUUCCAGGGAGCUUUUAGAGGAGCACCAGAAAGUACACCAGGUAGAGCCAGAUGAGCAAGUUGUUGACAAAAUGAAGGAACCUGGCUAUCUGGACAAGUGCAACCUGCCUCGUGUUGGUAGGAGACCCUCUAUUCGCCAUGCUUGCACAUAUUGCUCAAAGAUUUGUAAAACUGCAGCAGCUUUGGGGAGGCACAUGAAGCGACAUGAGAUUGAUAAAGAGGGUUCAGCAGACCCAACUGCUGAAGUGUCUGGUCAAGCAACAGACGGUGACCCAGCAAAUGUAAAACCUGAAGAAACUGAUAGAGAGCAAGAAAAAUCAAGACCAGUAAUCAAUUGUUCUGCUUCAAAUAUGGAGACAUGUGAGGUAAGCAGUUUUGAAUCUCCAGAGAAAGUUGCAGCGUCAUCUGACUUGUUGGUUUCAAAGCAGUUAAACAAAUCAAGUAAUAAAGAAGUUACUCAGAAUAAAGAUAGUGAAAAUUUGAGCCCAGCCUUCUCAUCAAGUGAGACAAAUCAACUGUGUGGCAGUACCAAAACUGAAACCCCUGUGAGAACAGAGGUAAUGGAUAGCUCUCCUCCAACAGUUCUAGUAAUGAACGGUAGAGACAGUUUAGAUUCCUGCAAAUGGGAAACAGUAGCACCCAUCAGAGUACAGGGAAAUUCAACAGAACUAUCUGGGGGAACACUCCAACUGCCUUCAAAGCUAUUGCACACAAAGGACAGUAUGUUUGAAUUUUCAGGUGAUAACCAUAUUGACCAGGUUGAGAGUGUUCCUCAGAAACACCAUAAUAAUGCUACAAGUACAAGACAUCCAGUCAAUGAGGUUGUCAAUAGAAUUUCAAUGAAGGAUGAAGACAGCAUCAUUGAGAAUGAGCCCAAACAGGACCAUUUGAGGCCUGGUCCUGAAUGUGAUGUUCUAUCUCCACACCUUAAGAAAGAUAAAAAGUAUGAGCAUGCUGCACCUUCUCAAGCAACUACAAAUUCUCCACAGAAAUCAACCCAAGUGUAUGUUCAGGGGGAAAGCUUGGAGUUCAAAAAAACAGUUUUGCACAUCGGUCCAGAUAUGUCUCAGCCCAAACCAAUGCGCCAUAAGGGCAAUGAUCUUCCUUCAGCUUCACAAGAGCUCAUUGGACAACACUUGGCAAAAUUAGGUCUUCCUGUACAGGAACAGAGGACCAGGUCCCAUUAUGGGAGGGACACGCCUACCCGGGAUCCACUGUUAUCUCACACAAGGAAAGAGGCACAGGAGGCACAUGGGCUGCUGUUGCCACAUAAAGAAGAGAAGCUGUCGCCUUCUGUGGCUGACCUGGGGAAACCACAAACCACUCCAAGUGCUGCUAACGUGAUUACUGCACACGAACCGACAUUGGCACAGACCACUUUAAACAAGUGCACCCAAAAAACAAUGAAAUCUCCCAGUCUGGGCCCAAAUAACCCAACACAGGAACUGCUGAUGUCUUGCAUGGGGGCAAAAGGGACUGGCAUACAGGACAUGUCUGGACUACUUCCUAGUGGCCCAGCGCCAAGCCUUAUGAUGUCCCAUUUGGCAGGAGUUAAUGAGAACAUUUGCAAGACGAUGCUGAUGUCUCAGAAAUCUGAGGACCUCCAAGCAUCCACUCCACAGGACCUGCGUAUGCACAUGAGUUAUCCAGUUCAGGACUACCCUUUGCCACUUAUUGCACCAGGGGGCUGCCGUUCCAGCAAGAAGCAGGAGGAGAACCUCUUGGUUUCAUACCCAAGCACUGCCAUCCAGUUUGGAGACUUUGGAAAGGUCUCAAAUGGAGAGCUGGGCAAGUUGCCCUUUUAUCCUGACCCCUACCAGCUUAUUUAUGGACCGCAGCUACUAGCAUAUCCAUAUAAUUUAACAGCACUUCCCAUGGCUUUAAACAUGGUUGUCCCAAAUGAGAAAGGAGAUCCUCUCCCUUUCCUCCCCACCUUCUUUAGCUAUGUAAACCCCUGCUCAAGCCCCAUGCAGGAGUCACCUCUUAUGGCCAGAGCAAGUCGUAGCAGCAACAGCCGAGAAGGGACCCAUCAGUAGAUCAAAUUAACAGACAGGGCAACCCCCAACCCUCCCACCCUGACCCUUUGGGAUUUUGGCAUCCCUUAACCUUUCCUCCUUAAUGAGUACUCCUGAACAGGGGUGUCUCUCCACAGUACCUCUCUGUCCUGGUCCAGUUUAGGAUUUUAUAAAUGAAAAACAAAGAACAGCCGCCUUUUAAGGCACAUUACAAUAAACAGGGUGUAUGUGCUCUUAUUCAGUCUGCUUCUCAUAGUGAUUGCAAACGUUAUUUUAUGGCUGUCGUUUCCUCUGUCUAUCAAAGAAAAGUGAUAAAACUGGCAACGUUUAGCAGGUAGCAAGUACCCUCAGACCUGCCCCCUCUGUUCAGUAACUUCACUCUUUAGGAGUUUGCUGCUCACUUUACCAGUACAAGAUCCCAUUUGUUCAGCUGUCUGUCACUUGAGGAAUGUAGUCAGUCCCACCCAGCUUUCCCAGCCCAGCUACCACCCCCUACCAUCGUAUCCCAGGCUUACUAAGUAAAGGGAGCGUCCUACAAGGGCCCAAAAAAAAUAAGCACUUUCAUCUCAGCCAAGGCAGAGGAACCUCACAAGAGAGGAACGCUAUGGAAAGACACUAAUAGCGUGAAGCAGACAGGUAAAACUCCAGGCAGGAGUUCACAGACUUUAUUGGGGAGAGAGAGGUGUGCUAUUAUAUGGUACCCAAAACGCUCAAAUCAGAGGUACCAAAUAGGGCAAUUUUUUAAAAUUGUCGACUGGUGUUAAGUCAGUUGUUCUUUGUCUGUUUUUUAGUUCAGUUCUCUAAUGCUGUGUCUAUUACUCAUGCCACAUCUGGCAAGAUUUGUUUUUUUGGUCAGUUCUCACUGACAUUAGUUACCUCGACUUCCUGUACUGAAAAGCCACCCAUUUCUGGCCAAAACCAAACCAUGACUCUUCUUUGUAUAGUAGAUGACCCUGGAUAGCAUCCCAGAUUUUGGCUAGGCCUCCGGGAAUUACAGUUUGCCUGCAGUUUGCUGGUCUGCCAGAUCAGCAAUUUGUGGAAAAUGACAAUGCUGUGAUCUGGGUUUCUAGACAAGCAUUCGUCAACAGGAAGAAGUCCAAGUGGCAUAAAAAGAAUGCACUAACAGUGACUACAACCCUAAAAACACACUUGUCUGCUAUCUUUACAGGAAGCGGGUGAUCAACCUUUUCCACGUUAUGAUAACUUAAGACAGAAAGGGUUCUGACUGCACAGCCUAAGAGAGAGAGAACUGUAUGCACUGAGAUCUGGUAGAUAUUACUUUUCCUAUUUAGGAGAGCUUUAUGGUUUUAACUUUAUUAAGUUAUAUAUUGUAGUUCCUGCCUAAAGCACCGAUUCUCCACGGUUCUUAUUAGGGACCACCAACAGUCUUGGUUUCUGUUUCUAACAAUUUGUUUGUAUACAUUGUCAUUGAAAAUAGGGAAGGAGGGGGUCUUAAUAAGCUCCACAUUUCACAUGGAGCAUAACAUAAGGAACUUCAUUUUGCUGCCAAAGGCACUUCACUUUUGUGGUUGGGCAGGAGCCAGCUCAUCCACAGAAGCUCUAAAAUCUAUCUAUCUAUCUAUCUAUCUAUCUAUCUAUCUAUCUAUCUAAUAAAAUGCAAAGUACAUUUCAUAAAACAUGCACUAGAUAAUCAGUAUUAUCUCUGUCUAUCUAACUAACUGUGUAUACCAUAAACAAGCCGAAAAUUGCAGCAGGAAAUCUUUAUUUAUCCUUUAUCCUGCCUGUCUGUCUGUCUUUCUGUAAACAUUUUUUAAGCCACCAAAUAAAACGUACUGCUCAUUGUGUCUACAAGCCCACGUGGAAUAGUAACCUGAUGCAUUUACCUUUCUGUCUGUCUGUAAUCUUCUUAGAGGCAGCUGCAGUGAGUCUGAAAAUGAAAUCCAUCUGUCUUUUAGCUUGUUCUAAAAAGCAGAGAAGACUGCUAUUAUAUUACUAGUUUAACCAUCUUUAAGCUUGUUAGAGAUAACAAAGUGGAAUCUCUGCGAUCAUCUUUUGCAUUUGAUUGUAUAUAAACAGAUCUGAGACAGCCACAAGCAAACUCCCUCCCCAUUCCUCUCUGACUGUCUAUAGGCUGCCAGGACACAUGCAUGGUUCACCUUAAACCAGGCUCAGUGAGCCACAUGCUGUCCAUCUCUUUGUAUGUGCGCGUAAGAGAAAACCACAGAGAAUCUUUGCCACAUAAAUCAGUCUGACGGUGUGUAAGGUGGUUAUUGAUGCCUACAGGGGAUCUAUAAUCUUACACAUGCAAUUGCCUGAAAACUGAUUACAGACAACCAUGUGCAAUCUCCUAGAUUAUGUUUCUGUCAGUUUCUAACCUUGUUAAAGCAUCUACUAGGAAUUUAUGACCUUUGGUCUGUCAAAGGUGCUAUCUAUUGAUAUUAGGGAUAACUAGAGUUGACCAGAAAGAAAAUCCUCUUCAUAGGGGAAUGUUUGAAUGGCAGCACACAUAAAAGGUUCUUUUAAGCACUUUUCCACGGAUCUGCAGACUACCAUGCAAAUUAACAACUGAUUAUUUAUCUGUAUGUCUUAACCUGUUGGGGACAGAUAGAUGAAUCUGGUAUAUCUAAAUGCAGACUGUAGACGACAGCAAGAAAAUCUGUCUUUCUGAACUUAUUAGGGAGAUAGCUAGUGAAACCUAUCUGCCAAAAAGCUGGAUAGAGACCACACAAAGGAAAUGUAUCUAGAAGCUGCCUAUUCUACCUAUUCUAUCUAUCUAUCUAUCUAUCUAUCUAUCUAUCUAUCUAUCUAUCUAUCUAUCUAUCUAGCAACUAUAACAGGAAAAUGUGUCUGUCUAUAAGUGGUUGCAAGAUGGCAACAGAAAGAUCUUUAUCUGGAAGCUUGUUAGAGGUGUUAAAAGAAAGUAAAAUGACUUCUACCUAUCAAACAAUAUUAGUAAUAGCCAGAAGGAUCAGUCUGCUUAUCUGGCUAUGUAUGGGGAGUUUAAAGUGUUAUAGACAUUUUCAAGCAAAAUAUUUGUUCACAUAUAAAGGAUAUCCAUUGAUUCAUCCUUGAAAUAUAAUGUGCUUUUAAUAGUGCAGUAGGCAUUCAAGAGUAUCUGGGUGACGAAAGGCAUGAAAUUGAAAGGUUGUACACAAACAACCCCCCAAGACAGUUUGGAGAAUGGUAGUCAGUUAGUUUCCACCACUAAUAGUGCCUAGAAGUUAAUAGUGGCCAUUUUGAACAGCUGCAUUUGUUCAGCACAUGCAUGAAACCACUGCUCCUACACUCAGAAUCAUAUAAUUGAAGUUUUACUUUCUUCGCAGGAAGUAUUGAUUUCAUAAAUUCAAUUGAAAAACAUGUUUGGAGUGUUUUUGGAAAGUUGUUUGUCUGUGGUAAAAAUUCUGUGGAUGCUGUCACUCAAGAACGAAUGGAUUGAUUCUUUUGAAAUGCUGUGGACAUCAUGCACUCGUUAGCCUUGAGAGUUGAUUAGAUUUUGGGUAAAGUCCAACUCUUCAGCUUUGAGUUUUUUAAAGUUUAGAGUUUUUAAAGCCGAUACCAACAAUAGCCAAACCACUGCUUAGAAGUUCACAAAUGUUGGCAUACGUCUUUCGGACUUUUUAAGAAAGACUUUUGUGAAAUUUGAAUUUGAUCCAAAACUCGAGCUUUUAAUGUUCAAAAUUAGUAAAUGCAGUAGCCACAGCAGCUAAGCUCUAAUUACAAAGAAACAUUUGAUUAUUUUUUUAUGCCUUUAUUAAACUACUAGGAUGUGUAUUUAUUUGUGGCGAGUAUUCAAACUUGUUAUUAAAAAAGGUUUUCCUAAUUUGAACUUUGAAAUUAGCACCUUCAGUUUACGAGUCGAGGUGCUAGUCCCAAAACCGCCCCGGCUGUGUGACAGGUGUGUGUUUGUACUCUUUUUCCUGUCACUUUUUUACAUCUGAAAUUAACCAAAGCAUUAAGACAUUCAUACACAGCUCAUGUAGUUGCAGGUGAACUGAUCCUUUAAGUUAAAUUAAUCAUAUUAGAACAUAAGAACAACACGUUUGACAAACGAGACGAGACCCUCAGUCCAUCAGGCUCGUUUGUUUAGCUGAUAGCUAAGCUGAACCAAAAAUUUGUUACAUAAAAAUAUCCUAUUUCUUUCUUUUAAAUACAUUUGCCUUUAAAGACGGCUAAAACAUGAAAAGUGGUAUUGCCUCUUGCCUAUAUUUUGGUAAAUUCACGCUGUAAAUUGUACUCGUGUUGUAAAUAUAGAAAAAAUAAUGUGCUGGCCACAUUAGACUUUUAUUAUUAAUUGAAUUCAUUUUUGCGAUCCAUCUGUCUACCCAUCCAGUAAUGUCUGCUGAUAAGCUAUCCCUUCCCAGCUUCUGAAAUUUGCAUUGCAGGAGGUUAUCAUAACAAGAGAAAAAACUCAAAUGCUUUCAUGAACAGUCCUCUUGCGUAGAUGAGCACUUGCAGCUCCACUUGCACUUUAUUGUAAAUAUUUUAAGUGCCUGAUGGGAAAACUCUUUAAAAUAAAAGUGCACCCUUAUUCCUGAAUUUUUUUCUACAAUUCAUUUUGUAGACAUGGUGGAGCAUGCCCAUCUACUGGCAUGGCUCACAACUCUGUAUCCUGGCAUAAAAUCCUAGCCUGGUCACUCACUCUCUCUGCGAUGUUUGCACCUUCUUCCCGCUUCUUCAUGGGCUUUUCAUGGGUAUUAUGGUUUUCCUCCCAAAUCUAAGAGAUGCACUUAUUAGAUUAGCUGGUGCCUGUAAAUUGGCGCAGUGAGAGUGUGUGAAUGAAUGUAUCCUGCUUUAGACUAGUGCCAGUCCAGGGUUAGAUCCUACUUUGAAUUGAAUGUUUUCAGAAUAGGCUCCUUCUUUCUAAAAGUUUAGUAUAAGUAAAAGUGAAGGGAUACUCCUCAGUUACCUAUUGCAUGAACAUUGUGCGAGGUGCUGUGGACACGUAUUGAAAGUAAUUUUGUAAUGUAGGAGGCCUUUACACCGUUCCCUGUAUUACUAAUAAGUUAUAGAGAUACUCGCAUCAUAAGCCAAAAAUGAAGACAGAAAGCACUCCACGUCACGUGUUUUCUAGUUAUUGCAGCAGAAUGGCAUCCCAUUUAGGGGCGAGUCUGCUGUCACUGUCACACUCCUCCAUGAUUUCAACUGCUAUAAAGAAGGUCUAGAAAGUAGAUGGUUUACAAGCGGGUGCCAUCCUGCUUCUGUGUUCCCUGUCUGUUGAAUCUGUCAGUCUGUUCAUCUCUCUCUCUCUCUCUCUCUCUCUUUCUUUCUCUUUCUCCCAGCAUCCCUGCUUUUCUGCCCGCUGUCUAUCCAAUCACUUGCAGGUGGAGCCUAAUUAGUAAAUGUGCCAGGGCAGCAAUAAUAGGGGGAAAAAAAAGUCUGCUAGGUUUCCAGAUGAAGGGGAGCCAAGUGUUAAGCAUUUCAGAGUUUGCCAGCCAUCCAGCAGAUUAAGAAUCUGACAUGCAGCUCUGUGCCGAUACUAAAGAUAAAAGGCAAACACAGGAACACUUGUGCGAACAUGGAGACUAUUAGGCAGAGAAGAUGUUUUAUCUUUGUUUUUGGUUUCUGUCUCCUUUUUCAUUUACUGCAUUAAUGUUGUGCAUAUGUAGUUUGACACGAAUGUAUUUUUUAAACACGUAAUAAUAGCACAAUUUUUCACCACUGAUGAAUUUCAGAUGAUUUAACUAUUCUAAUUUUAUUAUUCUCGGUUUGUUUUUGAUUGCUUCCAAGCGUUCCCAAAGUUGAAACGGUGACAUUUGCUUCUUUCGCAAGUUCCAGUCAAACAGAAUCAGAUGCCCUCCAUCCCUCCUGAAACAAAAGCCUUGACUGUUACUCCCUGACGCCAGAAGCGUGAGUCAUUAUGCUAAUAAGCAGCUCUGUGCUGAAAGCCGCUCUGUAUUGGCUCACGGUUAACCCCCUAAACACCCAGAUUCUAUUUUUUUAAUCAAGACACGAUCAUGCACUUUUUUUAGAAUGUUGUUUAGCGAUUUCUUAAGGCAGAAGAGGAUAAUUAGAAAACAAAAAAAAAAAUCCCCAUGCAAAGACAUACAGGACCAAAUGGCAUCCAUCACCCAAUGCAACGUCAACCUGUUAGAUGACUCUUUGUGAAACAAAAGGAAAAACAUAACAAAGAUGUGAAUAACAUGCAAACUUUCCUGGCAAAGCAUUCCAAACAGCUUGCAAAUUGAAGGUCUGGAAGGCGAGUGGGGUUUGUUCUUGGGCUGUGAAGGUGGAAAAAAAGAAGAGACUAAGGGCUUCUUUUAAGCAUAGAUGUCUCUUGAAAUCGAAAUUUAGAAGAGUAGGAUGAGAGAGUUUUAGCGGAACUGAGGCAAGCGGCCAUAGUAGGCAUGAAGGAUUGGUGGCAUUGAGGACCAUCUAAUAGGAGGUUGGUGGCGGGUGUGAAAAUCUCCCAAAUUUGUUGACACACACGGGCUCAGUGACUGAACUGCAGAUCAUCUCUUAACCGUUUGUUUUAGAAGAAGUAAAAUUAUUCUGGUCUGCUUAUUGCUAAGCACGCCAGGAGAAAGACUGCCUGGAGGAGCAGCUGAAGCCUGCCAUUAAUCUCUUGAGUGGCAAUGCAAAGCGAUCCCAAGGGGGAUUAAGCAAAGCAGGAAAGUAGUGAAAUGCUUCCAAAUGGGGAAGAAUAUCGUAAAUGCAUCAGGCAUGUGGGAGACAAAAAGGAAUACCAAUUUCCUGUCACCCAUUCAAGUGAAAAAUAAACACAUUAUCAUUCAGGAGUGUGCCUUGCUGGGCAAUGAGCAGGCUCUUUAUUAGGAGAGUGCUCUAAAAAAAAAUUCUUUCCCCACUAUUUGUUUGGAUCACUUCUCACAAGAUAGAUGAUGGAAAUCUGCAGAUUUUAGACACACGUCAUUUGGCUCCGGGCAGCAGAGCCUUUCCAAACGAAUGACGGCGAGCACGGCAACAUGCGGCCAUGUGGGGGAGGCUGCAUUCUCUGCCUAAAACCCACACUUCACCCCUUCUUUGAGCAGAAAAUGAUACGGCAUCCUGAAGUGGGCACCGCACAUAUCCAAGAGACAGUCCUUGCCAAGUCAGUAAUGGGGUGGGGGGUGGAGGGGAUAAGUUUCUGCGGCGCAACAAAAGCUGCUGAUGUAAUUGCUGCUGGCAGACUCUAAGUAACAGUGUGCUGCAGGAAAGGAAGAUUUGUGCCUUGUUUUUUUGUGUGUAUGUUUGCUGAACCAUUAGACCAGUCUUUAUCUGAUAUAGCACCUAUCAUAACAAACUCAUAGUACAGUGGGGAAAACGGUGAAAGCAGCUCAAAAAUGAAAGGGGGCUUCACACCCUGUUAUGAAAAAAAGAAAAUCGCCUGUGAAGGACGCUAUAUAAAAUAAAGAUUUCCCGGUGUCACCCUUAGCAGGUCACAUCCUCCGACCUAUUCAGUUUGUAGUAAUUAUGACCAGGGCUACACCCGACCCAUACCCUCCUGGAAAUCAGACGCUUUAGAAAUAAUACCCCCCCCAGUUGAAAGCUGUAGGCCUUUGUUGAAGUUUCAGGCUGUUUGAGCAAAUGAUGUUAUUAAAAACUGCAACAGCACUUGAUAUUCAACCUUUGUUGUAUUACAAACAUUCUUAAUAUAACAUUUAGUGAGUUACAAUAUGAAUAUACAGAUUUCAGAAAAUUAGUCUUGCAGCAUUCGCCCAAGUAUUUGUUGUCAUUUCAGGCUUUGAAUUGGUUGACAUGAAAAAAGAACAAGAAAAAUAAUACAUAUACUGAUACAUACACACAUAUUAUAUAACAAGUAUACUAUACAUACAUGUAUACAAUACAUGCAUGUCUUAUGUACCGUAUGCAUAUACAUACAGUAUGUACACAUAUUCACUCAUAUAUGUAUACAUAUAUAAACACAUGUGAGCAAAAGUAUAUGAAUACACACAGUAUAUACAUAUACUUUAUUUAGAGGGGACUAUACACAGCAUACAUGUACGUGUGUCUGUGUAUAUACUGUAUGGAUAUAUAUACAUAUAUAAUAAAGGAAUUGCAGAAAGGCUACAUUAUUGAAAAUAAGUGAAACAACGUACUUGCUUUUUAUUUUUUUAGUGUGCAGUUAACUGUUACCAAUUAUAUAUUGUAUAUAUUCAAAGUACAGUCAAAAAGAACGACUACUUUGCAUACUAUGGCACUAUGAUGGCAAAUGUGAUGGUGACAGCAUCAUGUAGGGGGAAGGUCAUCCAUUUCUGUUUAACUCCAGGAAGUCCAGUCUUUGGCUCAUUUUUUCAAAACUGUGCAUGUUGGGCUAAUUGGCAACUCUAAACUAGCCCAUUUGGUGAGGGCAUUUAUGUUAGAAUAGACUCUGACUCCUGCGAUCUUAAAUUGGAUUAAGCAGGCUUAAAAAUGAAUAGAAGAAAAAUAUGUGACAGUGGAGGACUAAGAAGUAAAAAAAACUUAGUCAGCCUUCACUAACUCUUUUAACAAGUCUGUUAAAAUGUAACCUUCUCACUUUAACAAAGCUGUUCAGUGUGUCAGGAGAGGAUGAGCUCCACCCAGGGAGACCUGCUACUAUAAAAAAUGAACAGAUGGUCACUCAAGUACGGGAAGACAUCAGACAAGAUUGCAGGUAGAGGUUUUAUGAAGUUUUUUGACGAUUCAUGUAUGUGUCUGAGCUCUGUGAUCCCACAGUAUGCUCUUCCAGUCUUCUUCUCUUCUCUGACGUGUAGAUCGUUCUCUCCAUGAUUAGAAUGUUAGAAACAUGUUGACAUGAACAGGCCAUUCAGCCCAACAAAGCUGGCCAAUCCAAUCCAUUUAAUUCCUCCAAAAUAAAAUAAAGCAGAAGCUUUGAAGAUCCCUAAAGCCCUCCUCUCUAUCACACUACUUGAUCACCAGUGCCAUGUGUCUCUGGUUCUCUGUGUGAACUGCUGGCAUACACACCCCAUCAUCGUCAACUAAAUGACCCUGCAUGUCUUAUUAGUGACAGAUGUGCUGGACGUUCUGAACCAGUAUAUCACGACCAUUUCUAUAUUUACAUCAUGGUAUGCAAAUUUCAGUUUCAUUUUGACUUUACUUUGAAUAUUCAUUUUAAACACUCAAAAGCACUUGUUUUUUUUUUUCAACAGUAUAAAAUUGAUUCUUGGAUGCAUUUCUCAAAUUUAAAGAAAUCAUUGGUUGUGUCUCAUUAUGUAUUGUAAUUUUUUUAUAUGGCAUAGGAUGGCCUCUACUUAUUACCCUGUCUUUGUUUUUAUUAGAUUUUAAAAGCUUUAAACCAUCAACUAAUAGAACAAAGCGUGUUUAGUAUCAAUCAGAAAAGGACGUCUCGUUGGUUACAGAGUGAGACGGAGCUCCUUUUCCUGUUAAUGAGUUGGUGGCUGUCACAAAUAAAAAAAAAAAAUGGAAAUAGCAAAAGUGUAUAUUUUACCUUUUUAUGCGCACUCUAUCUUUUGUUGAACCAACAUUAUAAGGCUUUGAAAUAAACACAAUAAAAAUACUGUUCUGGGGA